GCCGGAGCCGGGAGCCGGGAGCCGGUGCGGGCGCGGCGGCCUCGGGCAUGGAGCGCAAGGUGGCCCGGGAGUUCCGGCACAAGGUUGACUUCCUCAUUGACAAUGAAGCAGAGAAGGAUUAUCUUUAUGAUGUGCUGCGGAUGUACCACCAAUCCAUGGAUCUUCCAGUGCUGGUGGGAGACCUAAAGCUUGUGAUAAAUGAACCAAGUAGAUUGCCUCUUUUUGAUGCCAUCCGUCCUCUUAUCCCAUUAAAACACCAGGUGGAAUAUGAUCAGUUAACACCAAAACGGUCAAGAAAGCUGAAGGAAGUGAGACUGGAUCGUUUGCAUCCUGAAGGGCUUGGAAUAAGUGUGCGAGGAGGACUGGAAUUUACCUGUGGGCUCUUUAUCUCUCAGUUAGUUAAAGGUGGACAAGCAGACAAUGUUGGACUUCAGGUUGGAGAUGAGAUAGUUCGGAUAAAUGGGUACUCCAUCUCUUCAUGCACUCAUGAGGAAGUAAUAAAUCUUAUCCGCACAAAGAAAAUUGUGUCCAUAAAAGUAAGACAUGUCGGCAUGAUACCUGUCAAAAGCUCUGCAGAUGAACCUCUUAAGUGGCAAUAUGUGGAUCAGUUUGUGUCAGAUGCUGGGGAAGGAAAAGGCAGCAUGGCAGGGCUCAUUUCAUCUGGAGGAAGAGACAGUAAAGAGAAGAAAGUCUUCAUUAGUUUGAUUGGUACGAAGGGUAUGGGAUGCAGCAUUUCCAGUGGUCCAACACAAAAACCAGGCAUCUUUAUUAGCAAUGUUAAGCCAGGAUCUCUUUCUGCAGAAGUGGGAUUAGAGGUUGGUGAUCAGAUUGUUGAAGUAAAUGGAGUGGAUUUUUCAAAAGUGGAUCACAAAGAGGCUGUGAGAGUGUUAAAAAGCAGUCGUACACUGACUAUCUCUGUAGUAGCAGGAGCUGGAAAAGAGCUUUUCAUGACCGAAGAAGAGCGGCAGAGAGAGGAGCGCCUUCAUGAACUGGAGCGUCAGGAGUUAAUGCAUCAAAAGCGGGUCGCGUUAGAGACAAAUAAAAUCUUCAAAGAACAGCAAGAGAAAGAGAAGUUAAGAAAACAGGAGAUGACUCAGAAGACUGCAGAGGAAGAAGAAAGAUAUCAUAAAGAAAUUGGACAGAUAACAGCAGAGGAAGAGAAAUUUAAGAAACAAUGGGAAGAGGACUGGGCACCUAAAGAGCCACCUAAAACUGUAAAAACUGUGACUGCUGAAGUUCACCGUGCCCCUUCUCCUAAACACAGAGUAGAUUUAAAGGGAGUUGCACGUGACCAGCUUACAGCAGAUGACAUGGAUGGAAUGAGCAUGAAGCAGGACAAACAGGGCUUCCAGAAGUACGUUGAAAAUUUUGACCCUUAUUCAAUGUUUUCACCAGACCAAGUUAUGGGAAAAGAUGUGCGGCUGCUGCGUAUUAAAAAGGAAGGGGCAUUAGACCUUGCAGUAGAGGGAGGAAUUGAUUCUCCAAUUGGGAAAAUAGUUGUCUCUGCUAUCUAUGAGGGUGGUGCUGCAGACAAACAUGGCGGCAUAGUGAAAGGGGAUGAAAUAAUGGCAGUAAAUGGAAAGAUUUUAGUUGAUGCUAAACUGGCAGAAGCACAGACAACUCUAUCGAGAGCAUGGAACAUGGGUGGGAUUGAGAGACUUGGAAGAGACCUUAAGGGUCACCACAGGUCCACCCCAUUUAAGACUGGAUUGACUUAGUCAUUGCAGCAUCUCCUCCAAAGGAAUAUGAUGAUGAAAUGACAUUUUUUUAAAGUGCAGAAGGUAAAACUGAAGAAACGAAGACUAUGCUCUGAAGAAAGCUGCUGAUUCAAAAAUGUGAAAUCAAUAGCUUUGCAAAUUAUACACGAGAAUUUUCUGACUUUAGAAUCGAACUGCACUAGAGAGAUGCCUGGCCUUUAGACUCUUUGAGUAAUUUAUGUAACUUCAAAGCCUUCCACGGACUCAGAAUAUGUAGGUGUGAGAGAGAGAAUUAGUAACUGAGGAAUGCUGCCAAUACCAAUAAGCUAUUCUGUAAGAUUGUUAGGAUCUAUAUAUUUUUCUUUAAGGCUUGUGGGGCCAAAUUUUGCAAACCAGCUUUCAAAAGUACACCAGCAAUUUGCCUAGAAAUAGACACCAGCAUAUGCUCAUAGGAGUUUAAAGCACAUCUAUUCUCACAUUUCCAGUGUGAUUGCAGUUUCACGUGAUGGCUUGGGCAGGGGUGACUGACAGUUUGUACCCAAUCUUUGUGGGGGGUUUCUGCUGGGGCAUAGGUGUAUGGAUUUUCCGUUAGCACUUACAGAGAUUGUCCUUGUAAGCAGUUCAAGGCUUCGUUCUGCUUCUUUUACAUGGUUAGAGUAAAAUACAUCCCUGUGCAAAAUAUUUAGGUACCACUGAAGCUUACUGAAUGUUUUAGAAGGGUUUAAGUGGUUCAGAGGACUGGAGUCUUCUGCUCCACAGAACUGCAUUUCACCCAUUUCCAUUCUCAGUGAGCUGUCCUAUUUAAAUCAGUAGACUUGGUCACAGAGGGCGCAUCUACAUGUGCAAUUAGCGUGAAG